AUGUCUUGCAGUGAGAACAGGCAAACGGGCAUCUGCCAUCUUCUCCGCCUUCCAGCCAAGGUCCACGAACGUAUCUUCCACUACCUGUUCUCGCGAGAUUGGGACUACUGCGAAAAGCUACAGAUCACUGGAGACCGACAAGUAUACUUGACGACUUCCAAGCGCCCCAGGUGUUUGGCCGGAUCUGAUGAUGCAGCUAUCUUACGGACCUGCAAGCUGCUGCACGAUGAAGGACUGCCCGUGCUAUAUGAAUGCUCGAAGUUCAUCGUCACAAUUUCAAUGCCAGUUGCAUAUCCCCGUAGCGAAGAGGUGGAGGGUCUUCCGCUUGGAUCUAUGGCUUCGACCAAGACGAUGUGGCGAAACAUGAAGCAUUUGAAGUUGAUUGUGCGCUGGGAGCAGCACACUAAGAAACUCGUUUUUACUGUUCACGACUUCGUGAACGCUUGUCGAGACAACAUGGGCCUCAGCAUCUCUGAAUUGAAAAUAGAGGGUAUAUACAGCCAUGAUGGAUCCGUCAACCCUAUCCUAAUCUGCUUGGCCCGCUUGAGAUAUCCAGAACCUCCAAGGGUGUGGUUCAAGUUCACCGAAGUCCGGUUUAGGCGGUCUCCAGACGUUAGCUUGGAGGAUUUCCUCACAGCCACUGGUGGUCGGGAUGUUUCAAAUGAGUUUGAGACACAAGAAGACCGCCUGCGAUUUCCUCAUCCCGAGGACUAUCAACGUUGCCAGGGAUCCCGUGCGCAGGGUGGGGCCGAGUAUCAUCAUCAUGGCUGGAUGCGCAGCGGUGACAAAGAUGUUGAGAGCGAAGUGACUCGUCGAGGAUAA